GGGGCGGGGCGCGCGCAUGCGCGGAGCGAGGCGGCGGGUGCUGCGGAGCCGGGGCUGCCGGGGCUGCGGGCGCCAUGUCGGGCCGCUCGGUGCGCGCCGAGACCCGCAGCCGCGCUAAGGAUGACAUCAAAAAAGUGAUGGCGGCCAUCGAGCGCGUCCGCAGAUGGGAGAAGAAGUGGGUGACGGUGGGCGACACCUCGCUGCGGAUAUUUAAGUGGGUGCCGGUGGCGGACAGCAAAGAGAAAGAGAAAUCCAAAUCAAGUAGCAGCACUGCCCGAGAACCCAAUGGCUUCCCAGCUGACACCUCUGCCAACUCCUCUCUCCUCCUGGAGUUCCAAGGUGCUGUCUCUGCAGAUGAGAACAGCAACCAGAGCUCCCUGUCAGACGUCUACCAGCUCAAGGUGGACAGCAGCCCCAACUCCAGCCCCAGUCCGCAGCAGAGCGAGUCUAUGAGUCCUGCCCACACGUCCGACUUCCGCACGGAUGACUCGCAGCCACCCACACUGGGGCAGGAGACACUGGAAGAGCCUUCCCUGCCUUCCUCGGAAGUUGCAGAUGAGCCUCCCACUCUAACAAAGGAAGAGCCAGUCCCCCUUGAGACUCAGGUUACUGAAGAGGAGGACGACUCCGGUGCACCGCCUCUGAAGAGAUUUUGUGCCGAUCAGAACUCUGUGUGCCACACGGCCUCGGAGAGCUAGCUUGCCUGUCCCCAGGGAGAGCGCCUUCGCCAGCCCCUCGCAGAGCUGCCCGCCCUCCCCUGGGGGGACGGGGUGCUUCCUUUCAGUCUGCCCCUUCCCCAGGGACAGGCGCUCCUGCCACUCGCCAUCCAGCCUGCCCUUCCCUGCCCAGGGGCCUCCUGCCAGCCCCCCGGAGGCAGCCUGCGCUCCCCGGGGCUGAUGGGGCUGCCACCAGUACCUGCAAACUUGCCUCUAUUUAUUGGCUCCCUCUCUCCCUGCUGACCUGUCCUGUAGCGUGGGGGUCUCCGGUGGGUGGUCUGCAUGCACGGGGUGGGCAGUUGUCCACGGGGCUCUCGGUGGCCCCCAGGGCACUGUGGUGGGUGCUGUUUGCCUGCUGCUGGCUCCCCUGCCCGCCCUCCCCUGGGUGCUGCGAGCCAGAGGGCUGCCCUCCCCCCACGUGAAGGGUCUGUCUGCCCCUCUGCGGGUGGUGAGACGUGUGGGGGUGGCUGCGGGUGAGGCUGAGCCCCCUGCCCUGCCACGGCAGGACCCCGCUGGGACGCUGUGCAAUAAGCUGCUAGUUUAAGCCAUUAGUGUUGGGAGAGAGGGGAGCGCUCCCACCCUCAGGGGGGUCGCCUCUGCUCUGCCGCGGGCGCCAGCAUAAGGACCCCCACCCUGUCAGGGCCGGCUGCAUUGGGCCCCCCCGGCCGAGAGCAGGGGGAGUUGCUCCCCCGUGCCCAGCAGAGCCCUGCACCGGCCUAGGUACCAUCCCGGUACGAGGGAGGAUGCGGCAGGGUGCCCUCCCCCCCCCCCCCCCCCUCCCCGCAGGAAGCCCCCCCACCCCUGGCCCCCAGCUCCUGCCGCCAGCCCCCAGCCUCCCCCGCCGCCACUGCAUGUCCUGCCGAGUCUGUGAUCGAGCCUGGCGAAGCCGAAGGCGCGGCCGCGCGUGGAAGUGGAAAGUUAUUUUAGCACUGAAUAGAAUAUUUUUAAAAUUAAACUAUUUGAAAUACA